CGCUUAUUCGCCGCUGCCCUGUCUCCUUGGUGACCGCUAAACCCGCCCAAGGAUGCUCCGCGCUCUCUCCUUCCCGAGUUUCCAGCCCCGCUGGUCCCGGCUCCAUCCUUUUCGCCGCCGCCGCACAGGCCCGGCCCGGGAAAGGAAGGGCCUCGCCAGCCACGCCGUGACCCCAGUGCCCGUAUCGUAUGCUGUGUUUGAUGGGCCCUCUCCCGAGCCCCCACUCGUUUUCCUACAUGGGCUGUUUGGAAGCACUAACUUUGCAUCCCUGGCCAAGAAGCUGGUGCUCCAAACUGGCCGCAAGGUGCUGACGGUGGAUGCCCGUAACCACGGCGACAGCCCCCACAGCCCGCUCAUGACGUAUGAAGCCAUGAGUGCCGACAUCCACCUCCUCCUCCGCCAGCUGAACCUCAGCAGGUGUGUCUUGAUCGGGCACAGCAUGGGCGGCAAGACAGCCAUGGUGAUGGCGCUGCAGUGGCCAGAGUUGGUGGAGCGCCUGGUGUGUGUCGACAUCAGUCCUAGCGAGACGACGGCCAUUUCAGGCUUUCAGAACUUCAUUGCUGCCAUGAAGGCGGUGGACAUCCCCCGAGGCAUCCCUCGUUCCACCGCACGCCGGCUGGCAGAAGAGCAACUGCGCCCAGCCAUUCAGGAGCCAACCAUCCGCCAGUUUCUGCUCACCAACCUGGUGUACGUCGAGGACCGGUUUGUGUGGCGCGUGAACUUGGAUGCCAUUUCCCAGCACCUGGGCGAACUGAUGGGCUUCCCUCCUUUCCAGGUGGACUACCCAGGGCUUACUCUCUUUCUCGGGGGCUCCAAGUCCGGCUAUAUCAGCUCUGACGACUACCCUGAGAUCGACCGGCUUUUCCCGGAGGCAGAGAUCCAGUACGUCCCUGACGCUGGACACUGGGUUCACGCGGAUCAGCCCCAAGAAUUCAUUGCUGCCAUUUGCAACUUCCUUCGCUUUCUUCCACUGUAGUUUUCAGCCGGCCUCCCAGAACAGGAAAGACAAGGAGGUCCCUCUCCUGACGCUAGUCAGGAUACCCCUCCUUCUUUUUUGCCAACUUUACUCCUGUGAACGGCUCCCGUUCUCCAGAACUGGCUUCCCCAACUCAAGACUGGCACGUGCUCUUUGUUAAGAGCCCUCCUGCCCCCCCCCAGGAGGCCUGCAUAGCUGCCAUGUGGGAAUCCUGCAAAUAUAACCCCACCAGUGGCUGGGAUGCCACUUAACUCCAUGGGGCUCCUUCACUGUACAGUAUUUAAUAUUAAAUAAAACGGCGUUUCAUUUUAAA